AAUUUCUCGUCUAAUCCGUCUCCUCUCCGUCGUCCCCCUCCGCUACAGCUCCCAAUUUUAUCUGCAAAUUGGAUAAAACAAUCAAAGAGGCUUGGAACUGAUAUCGAGGAUUUAUUGGAUCUAUAAUGGCUUCAGAAUCCGCCGUGUCAUCUCAAUCUCCAACUGAAGUUACUCAAGUUAGUGAUGUUAAAACUUCUGCAUCCACCGUCUCUGCACAGACUAAUAGUUCUGCAGUUGACUCGUCUUUAGUGAAAUCUACACCUAUCGUAUCAUCUUCGGACGAAGUUCCGAAUUUUCCCAAACCUAUGGUACCAGCACAAAACAGUUUACAGGCUGAAAAUACUGGAAAGUGGGCCAUUGCCCGACUUGCCAGUGGGUUUGGUUUGCAUUUGAAAGCUGCUGGAGCAAAUGACAAUGCUGGUGGCAUUACUCCAACUUCUCCAUCAGCUGUUCUUCAGUCUGUUGGAAAAGGUUUAGUUGACACAUCUUUGGGUGCAGUGAAGGCAGUGCAAGUUAAAGCACGUCAUAUGGUCUCCCAAAACAAACGAAGAUACCAGGAGGGAGGAUUUGACUUGGAUUUGACUUAUAUUACUGAUAAUAUAAUUGCAAUGGGUUUUCCUGCUGGUGAUAUGAGUUCUGGGCUUUUUGGAUAUUUUGAGGGAUUCUACCGAAAUCAUAUGGAAGAAGUGAUCAAAUUUUUUGAAACUCAUCAUAAGGAUAGAUACAAAGUAUAUAAUCUUUGUUCGGAAAGACUGUACGAUGCUUCACUAUUUGCAGGAAAGGUUGCAUCUUUCCCAUUCAAUGAUCAUAAUUGUCCCCCUAUUCACCUAGUACCAUUAUUCUGUCAAAGUGCUUACUCAUGGUUAAAGGCGGAUAUUCUUAAUGUCGUGGUUGUUCAUUGUAAAGCUGGUAAAGCAAGAACAGGCUUAAUGAUUUGUAGCCUUCUUUUAUUUUUGAAGUUUUUCCCUACAGCACAGGAGUGUAUUGAUUACUAUAAUCAAAGAAGAUGCGUUGAUGGGAAAGGAUUGAUACUUCCAAGCCAGAUUCGGUAUGUAAAAUACUUUGAACGCAUCUUGACAGAAUUCAAUGGUGAAAGUCCACCUGGCCGGAGGUGCAUGCUGAGGGGAUUCAGGCUACAUGAAUGCCCUUAUUGGGUCAGACCUUCAAUUACCAUAUCUGAUCAUAAUGGAAUUUUAUUUACAACGAAAAAGCAUCCAAAAACGAAGAAUCUUAUGCCUGAAGAUUUUUGGAUUCGUGCACCGACAAAAGGGAUUGUAGUUUUUGCUCUACCUGGGGAGCCUGGUCUGACAGAGUUAAUGGGCGAUUUCAAGAUCCAAUUUCAUGAUCGCCAAGGCGAUUUUUACUGUUGGCUAAAUACAACCAUGAUGGAGAACAGGCUAGUUUUGAGCGGUUCCGAUUUUGAUGAUUUUGACAAGAGAAAGUUGCCCGUUCCAGGAUUCAAAGUUGAGGUGGUGAUGAUCGAUUACGAUGGUACAAUUCCCGAAAAGUACAAAACUAGUGACAAACCUAGUACAAGCUCCAAUGAUUCUUCAGCACCAUACAAAGAUCCUAACUUCAAUCAAAACAAAGCUUCUGGAGACCAAGAAAACGACAAUGUGUUCUCCGACAGUGAUGAUGGAGACGAACCCGCGUCCACGGACAGGAACCGACCCAACUUGGCCUCCAGACCAGGGACUGCACCACCGUCACCACCACCAGCGGAAUCCGGCAAAAUGGAAGCGGAAGUAACAAAUUUGAGGAAAAACACAGAACAACUUUCGUUAAACAGCAGGCAACAGUCCAUCCAAGGUUCCAACAAUACACGAAAUGAGCAGGUUGAGAGAUCGAUUCCAAAUCUGAAUUCGGGUGACAUCAAGGCAAUUGCUGCCGAUGCUUCAGUUUUUUCGUUUGGUGACGAUGAAGACGAUGAAAGCGAGUGAGUUUUCAAAAGAAAAUGUCAUUUGUAGCCAUAAAUCUUGUUUUUGUUUGUUUUGUGCCCCAAUUUUCUGUCAAAAGUUCAUACAUAGGUUCAAAACUUGUGUGAGCAAUGCUAAUUUCGUUCAAUGAUACGAUCCUACAAACAACUUUUUGGCUGUUGAAUUUGAAACAUUUUGAUUGAAAACUCGUUCUAUCGAAUUCAUUGUUUUUCAUUUCUAUUUCGUUUCACGUUCUGUAAAGCAAUGAGAUGGAAUUAUAAACACGCUUGGCGAUCU